AUGGUAGAAAGCGGAGACGGACAGACAUCUAGUGACGAUGCCGGGGACGGCGGAGCACACGGCGCUGCCACCUCGGCGGGCUCGUUAAUGGUGAGCAUGCCCGACAUUAUACUUCACGUCCAAGACAACCGUAGGAUGAAUGCCUAUCUAGGACCUGAGCUGGCCUCGAUCAAGCAGACCCUUCAGAAUGUCCAACAACAUACCUAUAGUACCCAGUCAAGCAUUCGGAACCAGAGUCACCAUUCCUGGGCCUCUAUAGUCAGAAAUGCGCCUCUUCUAACCCAUACGAUCUCCUCCUACGGCUCCUCUAGUACCGCCCCGGCCACCCCGUCGGAGCUCAGCAAGGAUCGCGAAGUAAUCGUUAAACUGCGAGAUGUUGGUACCCAGAAGACCUACCGAAAGAAGUCAUCGGCAGAGAUAAAGGACAAGACAGAAAAUGCAAGGAAAAAGGCUGCAAUAGCAAUUUCUGCAUUUUCCCUGGCGAGAGCCCGAUUCGUUUCCGCUCGGCAGCUACGCUCGGAAGAUUUAAACCUGGCAUUACGUACUGCUGCAGAGGCCGAAACUGCUAGGAUCUACGACAAAUGGGCAGAUUUCAUGUCAAACGGGGCUACCCUGCGGCGCCCUACGUGGGGCGUAAUAGUUUAUAGUAUCCCGAUCAAGUCAAUUCAGGACCUGAGUGAUCAGGGCGAACAGGACCGAGUAACCAGCGAGCUACUUGACGAGAACAAAGAAGUUUGGAACCAGAAACCUGAUAUCAGACGCGUAACCUGGCUUACCUAUCCUUCCAAUUAUAAAAACCAGAAAUCUUCCGCUCUUAUUGUCGAAUUCUCUGGCCCGAGACAUGCAAAUGAGGCAAUCAUGAAAGGGACUAUUUGGGCUAGCGAUAACCGGAUGACUGUUCUAUAUGAUAGGAACGCGCGGAUUCGGCGAUACUUUAAAUGUCAACAAUAUGAACACAUAGGAAUCGGGCGCAAAUGCGCUGGAUGCGGCGAAGCGCACGCCGCCUGGUCAAGAGCUUGCAUGAGAUACGUAGCAGAGCAGGAGCGGGUGCAAGCUGCAGCUCAAUAUCGGCAGCCCCUGCACCGCAUCCCGCCCUAUCUACAGGAUCAUUCCUCCGUGGGUAGCGACACGGAGACCUCUAGCCCGCCCAACAGCGAGGGGCGGGCUGCAGGAUCUGAGGGAAGAAGAAAGAGAUUGACCCGGUCAACCAGCCGGCCAACAGAGCAAAAUCGCUCUACAGUAAGGUUUCAAGAAAGAUCUACACUGCUAUACAGCUUACAGGAGCUUGUCCCUGUGCAGCAUAAAGAGGCCCUGAUAGACCUAAACCCGGAAAUUGACGUAGACCCUAUUCCGUCCGAGUCAGAACCGUCGAUUGCCCAGCAAAUCGAUAUGAUUAACGAACCAGAGACGCCCGCACCAGUGACCCCUGCCCCCAGGGGUCGCACUCUGACAUCGACUAGCGAUACUUUUAGCGAUAACGCAGUAACUGCCUUCCUAAAAUCGCCGGAGGCACCUCUUGUCCCUGCACCUACCCCCUCAGAACAUUCGACUACGAUCGUCCUGGCCGAAGAUAACACGCCUGGCCGUUCAUUCCUCCGGGACCCUGCGGUCCUAGAGGCUGACCUCAUCUUUGUGCAAGAACCUUGGGAGAAUCCCUACCAGAAUACUACCUACCAUCCUGCUAACGGCUCCCACCAGCUCCUAUACCCGGAUUCGACCGAGAUAGGGGACGAGCGGGCCCGCGAGCUCAAGCUCACUGAUGCUGACGGCCAACAAGUACGCAUCUUCAAUAUAUAUAAUCGACCAGACGAAGUGGAUAGCACUACCCUCGACCUUGUUAUCUCUCUAAUUAUCUUUGCCGGCCCUAUUAACAGCUCUACUAAUUCCCGUUUGCUCCUAUUAGGCGACUUUAAUCUCCACCACCCGGCGUGGGGAGGAGAACGCUCUAAAAGAGACUCCUCGUCCGACCAGUUACUGGAACUGAUAGAUACGAGGUUUCUAGACCUCUGGCUGGAGCCAGGCACUACCACGUGGGAGCGCAACGGAAACAAGACCACUAUCGAUCUGGUUUUCGGCUCGCAGGACCUGACCCCUAGGCUCGUUACCUGCGAGGUCAACGAGCGAAACCACGCAGAUUCGGACCACUAUCCAAUACGAACCCUUCUUGAUAUCAGUACUAAAACCCCCGAAGCACAGCAAAGAAGGAACUGGAAAGCCUGCAGUAUCAAAGACCUACAAAGCUUCGUGGACCUUAACCUACAGAGCAAGGCCUUUCCCUUGCAAAUAAAGCAGCAUAUUGAGCUCGCUAUAGAAUACUUUAUCGAGACGAUCAACCAAGGAAUCGCUGCCUCUACCCCGUGGGCGAAGCCUAGCAAGUGGGCGAACCCUUCAUUCAAUGCGGAAUGCCGCGAAAUGGUCAAGAUUACCCGGAAAUUCCGGCAUAAGUACACAGAAUCAGUUAUUACGAACGGUCCUACUGACCCUACUACAGGCCUCCGGGAAACCCGCGGAAGCCUUAUACCGACGCUAAAAACGGAUGACGGGCUCGCAGAGACUGCAGAACAGAAAGUAGAGGCGUUUCGCAAAGCUUUCUUUUCUGAAUCACCUCUGGCUGACCUCUCUGACAUCCCUACGGCCCGGAUACCCCCCCAGAUCGACUUCCCGGACCUUACCGAGCACAAGGUACUCCGCUGUAUCAGGCGAGCGCCUCCCGAUAAAGCACCAGGACCGGAUGGCAUCCCUAAUAAGGUCUAG